AUGAUAUCAAGUGUACUAGGCCCAGUAGCGAGGAAACUGGAAACACUAGGAGGACAUAUGGAAGGACUGAAUAACAACAUCGGGACGAAUAACACCAAGACGCACGCACUCGAGAAACAAAUCACCUCAUUCCUCACGACGGUCAAAAACAAUGAAGCCUUAACCAGAACGCUAGUAGAGGCCAGCAAACGAAGCGAGACUCCACCACCCCUUCGUGGACUGGGAAGAUCUGUUGUCGGUCGACGGCCAGACUUCUAUGUCGACCCGGAGCCGGAAGAAGGCGCGGAUGUGGAUGACGACGAGAGUGAUGAGGAUCCUCCCGAACAGCCUGACGACCACCCCCUGGCCGAUUUUGAGGCGUUUGCUCGCCGCCGCCCGCACGAUGAUUUCACCCGGAUCAUCGACCUCGAUGGCCUCGGCACCCGGGACCUGGACCGUGGCUACGAUUGGUCACCGCACGUCGGCCGAUACGACCUCUCCCCGGACGUGUGA